UUUGGAAAGCAUGAACAAACAGCGCCCACUCGACUGUUUCCACGCAGUGCAGCGCAGUGACAGCCUUUUUUUUUUAACAGAGAGGACAGAUUAGUUCAGGUGUGUCUUGGCUUAAUCAUUAAACCCUGGCUUUAUCCAGUUAAAUCCUCUGCCGACCUCUUUAGAUCGGUGAAUGCUGGGACCUUUGCCUGAGCUUUUACAGCAUUGUGUUAUUCUGCUUUUUGUUUUCUGGGAAAAAUGUUGGAAAAGAUCUUGCUCCUGCUCAGUUUGUCAUUUUCUGUGGCGGAAGAGCUCUGUAAACCAGGUGUUGGAGAAGCCUACAAAGUUCGAUUCAGCAUCAAAACCGCACUGGGAGAUCAAGCUUAUCCCUGGAACAAAAAUGAAAUGUUCCUUUUCCGGGCAGCUCUGGCUUUUGCCAUGAGGGAUUACACUAACGGAGAAGAAUUUGGGGUUUCAGACGUCCAUCCGUGUAACGAGACUCCGAGAGUGUCCUUCUGGUUUGUGGUGACGAGGCCGAACAACACCGAACUUGUUGAUAAAGGAACUGUGGAGAUGGCUAUAAAAAAGUCGAGAAAUCGAAUCAACGGUGCUUUUCUGCUAACAGAUCAAACUCUGGAGUUCGAUGGCAUCUAUCCCACUCUGGCAGCACCGGUCUCCCCUGACACCCCUCCGUGGCUCAUUGUCUUCGGGGUGGUCAUGGGUGCAGUUAGCGUCGGCAUCAUCGCCCUGCUUGUGUAUCCUCUGGUCCAAAGAAAACUGAAGAAAAACAUGGAUGCAGAUGACGAGGACAGCGACGAAGAGACGGGGGUGAAAACGGCUGAAAACGGUGCAAAUGAUGGCAUUUAUAACUCGACGUUCUCGGACGAUGAGCGAUUCACGCAGAUGUAAAGUGCUCUUAUAAAAAAAACUGACGUGCAACAGUGUGAAAAAUAAUGUGAUUUUCUUUAAAGUUUCUAAUGUAAUUCAUUUCAGUUUUGACAUGUGAAUUUGCUGGGCCUUUCAAUACAAUAAUCACAGGCUGCCUUAAACAAAUCCAGUGUUUCACACUAUUUAACUGCUGUUUUACAUAUAAAUGUGUUUUUUUUCCUCAACCAAAGUGUUGAAGGAUGAUUUAUCAAAGAUCUCUGUAUGACAGGUUGUGUUAAGAUAUUUUGCCAAAGUGUGGUCUAUAUACUAACCAUUUACAACCAGUCAAAUGGUCCCAUUUAUGAAGAAGGCUCAUUCCUACCUUUGUAAGUCUAGGAGGCCUGGCUUUAUGAUUACCUUUGAAGGAAUUUAAUAAAAUCCUCUGUUAAACCA